AUGAAUUCCGAGGGAAAUGGAGAUCCUUAUCUAGAAAGGUACUUUGUGGGUCAUACAAAACCGGUAACCCAAGUACGGUUCAGUCCGGACGACAGCACAAUUGCUACCAGUUCGGCAGAUUCUACUGUCGUUUUAUGGGAUAUAAAGCAACCCAUCCGUUGUCUUUGCUUCACGGAACAUGCGGACAGUGUGAACGGCAUUAGCUGGUCUCCGAAUUCGAAUUUCAUUGCCUCUUGUUCUCAAGACGGCAUUGUUAACAUUUGGGAGCCUAAAGAAAAUUGUAUUUGCCAACAAUUUUUACUCAAUGACCAACCCGUACGUUCGGUCGACUUUCAUCCUAUCGAUCCUGCCACUGUGGUAACGGCCUCGGACGAUAAAUCAGUGAAACUAUGGCACGUCGAUCAAAAAAAAUGCAUCACUUCUUUCGCUAGCUAUGAAGGUUUGGUAAGCUCGGCUAAAUUUAGUCCUAACGGUCAGUUGGUUGCAUCUUGCGGCGAUGAUAAGUCAUUGCGUAUAUUUGAUAUAAAAUCGGGCGAAUGCGUUUGGUGUCUGACAGAAGAGCGCGGUAUGGGGCGACAAUUGGCUUGGCAUCCAAACGGUAAUAUCGUGGCUGUGGCUUUAAGUUGCUGCCAGGUAAACGUAUUCGAUUUGGUUGCUCAAGAGCUCGUUCAGCUCUAUCAAGUGCAUAGCGAGCCCGUUAAUGAUUUGGCUUUUCAUCCUAGCGGCAAUUUUUUGCUUACUGGAAGUGAUGAUGCAACAGUAAAAAUUUUGGAUUUGUUAAAGGGCAAGCCUAUAUACACGCUUACAGGUCACAUUGGUGGAGUUACUGCAGUGGCUUUCAAUAAUGACGGUUCGCGUUUCGCUUCUGCUGGUUGCGAUAGACAACUGAUUGUUUGGAAAAUUCAAACACCUUUUGAUGUCAUUAUAAAGCAAGAGCAAUCAUCGGCCGAGCUUGAUCUAUCCGAUUCUUAUGACGAAGAUGUCGGUUUUAAAGGCAUUUUCUAA